AUGAUCGCCGCUCAACUGUCACGACGACCAGAUGUCCAAACGUCCUUGCGCUCAUCAAUAAACCAGGGGCCUGAAACUCCAACUGAGGAUCUAGCAGCAAAGGUACUUGACCGUGUCAAGAUUAUGCGUGUGUUCGAUUUCGUGGGUGUGAGAGAGGCCAUGGUUGAGAUCCGGGAUGGGAUCGAAAAGAAGAAGGAUGCUGAACGUGCUUCAAGUACUGAAGAGAAGAAAGCGAAUUUACCCAAUGAGGAGCCUGCACGGGAGGAGCCGCCCGUCGAGAAGGAGCCAGUGAAGCGAACUUAUGUUGCAGACAGCGAAGACGAAGAAGACGACGAGGAAAUGUUAUUCGAUUCAGAUGUUACCGACACAGCAGCGCAGCCUGUACAGAAUCCAGAGCCAACCCGGAUCGAGUCUGCAGAAGACACAAAUGCAAAGGUUGUAUCGGGACCCAUCAAGAUCGUUCUGAUCGACAACCUCGCUCAAGUCCUCAACCCUUUGUUAAAGAAAGACUAUAUACAAGGUAUUUAUCAUUAG